AUGGUGAAGCUUCAUCCCUUGAGCCAAAUCAACCACUCUCAAAAAACCGCUUUUCUCGGCGUUUUCCUCUCCGUCUUGCCAUUUCUCUUUCCCAAUCUCUUGCAACCUCUCGCUCGUGCUUCCCCUUCCAUGUUCUCCGAAUGGAUUGCUCCUAAACCUAGGCACGUGACAUUGCUACAGGGUGCUCUGCAACACGAAACUUCUCUUCAAGUACAAGCUAAUGUCUGGGCUCCUCUGGCUUUCCAAGGAUGGCAACCUUGUACCGUACAUCCAAAAUCACCUUCGCUACCCGAAAAAUCUAAGGGUUAUAUUCAAGUUUUCCUUGAUGGAGGAUUGAACCAGCAGAAGAUGGGGAUAUGUGAUGCAGUAGCCGUUGCUAAAAUUUUGAAUGCAACUUUGGUAGUCCCACAUUUUGAAGUGAAUCCUGUUUGGCAAGAUACAAGUUCGUUUGCGGAUAUAUUUGAUGUGGAUCACUUCAUUGAUGUUCUCCGUGAUGAAGUAUCUAUAGUGAAAGAGCUUCCUAGUGAGCACUCUUGGAGCACAAGAGAGUACUAUGCCACGGGUAUCAGAGAUACUAGAAUUAAAACAGCACCUGUUCAAGCUACUGCAGAGUGGUAUAUAGAAAAUGUAUUGCCGAUACUUCAAAGUUAUGGUGUUGCUGCUAUUGCACCGUUCUCUCACCGCUUGACAUUCAACGGCUUACCUUUAGACAUCCAGCGUCUCCGUUGUAAGGUCAACUUUGAUGCAUUGAAGUUUGUUCCACAUGUCCAGGAAUUAGGAAGUAUCAUUAUUCAGCGCCUUCGCUACAAUGCUACUGUCGACCAAGCAGAAGCAAAUGACUAUUUGCUAGAGGAAACCCAUAAACUAGGAAAACGGCAAAGCGGGAAGUUUGUUGUGUUGCAUCUGCGUUUUGAUAAAGAUAUGGCUGCCCAUUCAGCCUGCGAUUUUGGUGGGGGUAAAGCUGAGAAACUUGCUCUAGCUAAAUACAGGAAGGUGCUUUGGCAGGGAAGAGUAUUGAAUUCUCAAUUCACCGAUGAAGAGUUGAGAAGUCAGGGGCGUUGCCCACUGACUCCAGAAGAGAUUGGAUUGCUCCUAGCUGCUUUGGGGUUCAACAACAGAACACGGCUCUAUCUUGCUUCCCACAAGGUUUAUGGUGGAAAAGCUAGGUUGGAAACUUUAAGCAAGUUAUUUCCUUUUAUGGAAGAUAAGAAGAGUCUAGCCUCUGAAGAGAAACUUGCCAAGGUUAAAGGAAAGGCAUCAUUAUUAGCUGCUGUUGAUUAUUAUGUGAGCAUGCACAGUGACAUCUUCAUUUCUGCUUCUCCAGGCAACAUGCACAAUGCUCUGGUGGCGCAUCGUGCUUAUACGAAUAUGAAGACUAUCAGACCAAGCAUGGGACUUUUGGGCCAGCUAUUUCAGAACAAGAGCAUGAGCUGGUCGGAAUUUCAGCUUGCAGUUCUUGAUGGGCAUAAGAACAGACAAGGGCAGAUAAGAUUAAGAAAGGAGAAACAAUCAAUAUAUACCUAUCCAGCUCCUGAUUGCAUGUGUAGAGUUUGA